AUGAUCCGUGCUCUCUCCAGACAAAAGUGUCAAGGAAUUCUUGAGCGUCAGAUUUCUUCCCGCUUUCUAUCCCAGGUUUCAACACGGGAUCCGCGGGAUGCAGUUGUGAAGAUCUUCAACACCCGUCAACGACCUGGUUGGACAGUACCAUGGCAGGACCAGCCCGUGGAGAGCACUUCAGGAUCUGGGGCUCUCAUCAGCACCAGAAUUGGAAACCAGCCAAAGCAAGCAGUGCUCACCGCUGCUCAUGUUAUUGCAGACAGUCGAUACCUUCAGGUGCAGCGAACCAAUGACCGCUACGGUGGUGAGAAGUUCCGGGCGCAUGUGGUGGCCGUUUGCCACGAGAUUGAUUUAGCAUUGCUUCUUUUGGAAGAUGAGGAUGUGCUAACGGAGAUGGAACCCUUGCCUGUCGGCUCCGCAACUGAACUGCCACGAGUCUUUGACAAGGUUCGCGUGGUGGGAUACCCUAUUGGCGGCGAAGCAUGUAGCGUGACUGAGGGGGUGGUCAGCCGCGUUGAGGUGCAGGAGUACUCGCACUCUUUGCGCUUUGGGCUGGCGCUCACGGUCGAUGCUGCAAUCAACAGUGGAAACAGCGGAGGGCCACUGGUUGAUGCCUUCACAGGGCACGUUGUUGGGGUGGCCUUCCAGAAAAUGGUGGCCAGGGGAGUGGAGUUGCAGGGUCAUGCAGUUCCAGCCCCCGUCAUCCAGCGCUUUCUUGAUGAUGUUGCCAGUGCGCAGCCAGACGCCUUUGCAGAAGGUAGCAACUCAAGCUCGAGCAGGACUCCUUUGAGGCUGCGAAUGCCAUCGCUAGGGUGUGAUUACCAGUCUCUGGAGCCGACCGCACUGCGGGAAAAGCUGCGGCUCGGGAGUCGCAAGGGCAUUUUAGUGAGCCGACUGCACCAUGCUGGAGAACCACCGGCCCUUCAGCCAGGAGAUGUUCUGAUGACAUUCAAUGGUCAUCAGCUUGACGAGUUGGGCUUUUCGGAUCUUUUUGGACGCCGACUGCAUUUCGGUGCAGCACGAGACCUUUGUCGGGUCGGCUCCAAUGUGGAACUGGAAGUUUGGCGUGAUGGCAAUGUGCAGAAAGUUCAACAGGUGCUGCAACCAGCGCAGCAUUUGGUGCCGAGGGGACAGUAUGACACGCGCCCACGAUUCUUCAUUGUUGGUGGGCUUGUCUUCCAACCCUUGAGCAACGAAUAUCUUCAAGGAUGGGCAGCCAACGAGCGGCCGGCUCAUUUGCAGGAGCUCUUCAUUUGUGGCCAUACCACUCCAGACAGAAAUGAAGCCGUCAUCCUGGCUCAGGUGUUGGGUGACGUGAUCAACGCAGGAUAUGACAGUGGGUGGGUUGGAGCACCCGUUGUGUCCCACGUAAAUGGCACGCCAGUGCGGAACUUGGCCCAUUUCGUGGAGUUGGUUGAUGCUGGCCGCAGCGGUGAAGGUUGUCUAGAGAUUGGGGUUCUACUCGCUGGUGGGCCAUUUCGAAUCGUUCUACCUUUACAAGGCUUAGACGAGGCAGAUCAGCGCAUUUGUACCAUCUACGGCUUGCCACGUCUAGGUUCUGGAAGUUACCAACCUUCUCAUUGA